AUGCUGUCAAUCCGUUCAUUAUUUACGUCAGCCCUCCUGGCCCUUCCAGUCGCUCUUGCGACCGGAAUCAACGAUUUCUCCUGUGAAAGCUCUUCCAACCCCGUCGUCCUCCUGCACGGCCUGGGUGCCACAUACUAUGAAGAUCUGAACUUCUUGCAGUACUGGCUGCAGAAUGAGGGUUACUGCACCUACUCCCUUACAUAUGGAGCUUAUGAGGGCUUUCCGUUUGUUGGUGGUCUCAAAGCCAUCAACGAGUCUGCGCCUGAGAUCGCCGCCUACAUCCGUGAAGUUGUCGACAAGACCGGCAAGCCCAAGGUCAAUUUAGUCGGUCACUCUGAGGGUGCCUUCCAGUCUCUUUAUGUCCCCAAGUUCGAGGGUGUCUCCGGCCAGAUCGAUCGCAUUGUCGCAAUUGCACCACCUACCCACUCUACUACUUUCGCUGGUCUUUAUGAACUUGCCUACAUUCUGGGUAAUGCUACCCGGGAGAUUGUGGGUGAUGUUCUCGACACCGUUGGUUGCGCUGCUUGUAACGAUUUAGGCCCCGAUGGUCCUGCUGUUGACCGUUUGAAUGAUGGUACCCCUAUUGCCCAGCCGGGUAACAACAUUACUAUCAUUGCAUCUAAGACUGAUGAAUUGGUCACGCCGCCCACUACUGCGUUUGUUCAUGAGGAUGGCGUUCGGAAUGUUUGGGUUCAGUCGACUUGCCCGCUUGAUCCUGUUGGACACAUUGGAGAGGCAUAUGACUUGAAUGUUUGGAACUUGGUCAAGAACGCCUUGGAUGAUACUCCCGAUCGCAAAUUUGUGUGUCUGAUUGGGUCCCCUGGGAAAUAA